AUGCCACACGAGGAGCUGCCGUUCUGGCUCGUCAACGUGCCUCGAGACCAGUGGCCGAGCGAGUGUCCCGACUUCCUGAGGGAUAUUAGUGACAAAGACAAGGGCAUCAUCGGGACGCCUGACGAGGAGUACAGGGUGUUGAGGUGGGACGAGGUGCGGGCUAUUGUGGACAGCAACCGGGUGGACAAGUUUCAUCGCUUGCCAAGUGAAUUAAGACGGUACCGGCAGUUUACGCAUCGGCUGGAGAGGGACUAUGGCAGUAUCAUGAACUUCAUUGUGAAUGAGCGGCUGAAGUGGGGGAGCAUGGAGCCGAGGGGAAAGCCGUUCCAAUUUGAUGGUGCGUUCGAUACCUUACCCGGCUUGACAUCUAUAUUUACCCGCGCAGAGGAUAUCAAGAUCCUGUAUAACGACUGGCCGUAUGGUAUUGAUGCCGACAUUGUCCAUCUCGUUGUGUGGACCAAGUUUGAACUCGACGACGACCCGGACACGGGACUUUCCACGGCAGAGUCACAUAAACAGAUUGAUGAGUAUGUGCAAAAGACGUUUGCGACAAAAGUCAAAGAGCUGGUGUGGUUCAAGAAUUGGAAGAGUCUGAAGAGCGUGCAUGCAGUCGAGCACUUUCAUGUCAUGCUGUACAGGCCGGAUGCAGCGUUUUUGAGAGAGAUUACCAACGGCGACGUUCCGAUGACUGAGAAGUUUGAGUGA